AUGGGUACAUCGCCACACGAAAGUUGUGGAUGUAAAGGAGCACGUUUUUGUGGUCUUUGUGAGACUUCGGAUCGUGUGAAGAAUUUACGAAUCGAAGGAAAUAAAUUCGAAAGUUAUCAGGUUUUUAAUUCUUUUUCCCCAAAUUUCCUUCAAUUCCAUAUUCCUUUCCAGAUUUUCAUAUACGAUCCAACACGAAAUAUUGGAAUACCUUCACAAAAUCUCACCUCAAAAUCAAGUCUUGAAGAAAUAAUCAGUGAAACACAAAAAAGUCGAGAUUUCUCACCAGAUUCAUGUGUCAAAUUAAACGGGCUUAUUUUAAUACAAAAUUUCUUGUCAAAUGAGGAAGAAACUGAUAUUUUGGAUAUGAUUGACCGAGUUGAUUGGGCUCCAUCACAAAGUGGCAGACGAAAACAGGAUUAUGGACCAAAAGUGAAUUUUAAGCAAAAAAAAGUGAAAACUAACACAUUUGUAGGUAAGUGUUUGUUAGAAUUUUUCUAGGAAUGAGGAAUUUAUAAUUUAAAUAAAUAAAUAGAAAAUAAUUUUUCUUUUUAAAAAAAAAUCGAGUUCAACACGCAACGCGACUUCCGAAAUGAGUAUUUAUUUUUCAUUUCUAGAAAAUUACUUUUCAGGAAUGCCAGAAUACGCAGAUUUCCUGCUCGACAAAAUGCGAAAUCAUAACAGUGAAAAAUUGGGAAAUUAUCAGCCUUUUGAAAUGUGCAAUUUGGAAUAUGAGGAAUCGAAGAAAAGUGGAAUUGAGAUGCAUAAAGAUGAUAUGUGGAUAUGGGGAAAUCGACUAAUCAGGUGAAUAUUUUUGGAAGGGAAAAUUAGAUUGAGUUUUUCUUAUAAAUACAACAACUUUACUGUUUUCAGUAUAAACCUGAUAAAUGGAAGUGUUAUGACAAUGACAAAUGAUUCGACUGAACAGUUAUGUUAUGUUUAUAUGCCACAUCGCUCUUUUCUUUGUAUGGCUGAUGAUGCGAGAUAUCAAUGGAGUCAUGGAAUAUUGCCACAUCAUAUAAGAGGAAGACGGAUAGCAUUGACUAUGAGAGAAGCUGGAAAAGAUUUUCAGGUAAGAAUUUUGGUAGUUUGAGAGAUUUUUGAACUGAAAACCUUUUAGGGGGUCCAUUUCUGCAGGGGUCCAUUUCUGCUUUUGAAAAAAAAAUUUCGAAAAAUUAUAGGAUAAAAAAGUAGCCGAAAAUGAAAAUUCAUUAGCCUAAAAAUGAUCAGAUUUUUUCCGAAUCUAAACUUUUGCCACAACCCUCUUACUAGGUUUGAAUUAACCUAAAGUGGGCACAGAAACAAUUUCACCGCCCUGAAAAUCAAAUUUUUGAGCUUCACUUUGAUCCUCUAAGUUUUUCCAGCUCAAAAUUAUAUACUCUCUAAUAAAUUACUCGUUUUUCCCAUUUCCACGCUACGAUUUCUUUUCUCAUUUUUUUCAACGAAAGAUUCAAGGUUAUCUGUCAAUUUCACCACGUGACUGCUGAAGUUUGCAAAAAUAGAUAAAGAGUAAAUAUUGACCAUAUGAUUUUUGAAUUAGAAUCGAAAUACAAAACUGGUUGAAUAUUUUGAAAAUAAAAAUAAAAUAAUAAAUGAAAAUAUAAAAUUAAAAAAAAAAUAAGUACAAAAAAAAUAGUUUUUUGAAUACUCAAAGUUUUUCAGGAAGGCGGAGAGCUUUACGAGAAAUAUGGUGCCGAAUUAAUUCGCCUCGGCAAUAUACGUGUCCCUUUGAGAAAUUGAAAUCCAAGGUAUUCUUAUUUUGUUGUUCUUUGAUACUAAUAUAUUGAUAUUUUGAAAAUUUGAUAGUUUUAACAUGAAUAUGUUCUUUGAAGUUUUAUCACAGAUUUAUCACAGAAAGAGCGCGCAAUAUUGUUUUCUUAUUUAAACACCCUCUUUUUUUCAUUUCAUUUUAUUGGUUUUUGUUUGUUUUUAUCAUUCUCAGCCACUCACGUGGUCCUUUUCAUCUUCAACCAAAAAAUUGUUGUUUUUCAUUCAUUCAUUUUCAAUUUUCUCUCUCGAUUUUCCUCGUUAUUUGUUGUUUUUGUUUCUUUUUCACCUCUCAUUUUCACAACCACGCCUUUCGGUUUUUGGGGCCAGAUCGUAAUCUAAUUAUUCAUUUUUGUAUUAUUUGUUUCCUUGUUUCAGACAUGUGUGACGAGGCUGAAAAAAUGGCGAAAAUCGGGAAAAUCGAGUAUGAUUUGAUUAAACGACACGAUUCACCGGAAUGCGAUCAACAUACAAAAUAUGAAUGCGAUUUGGAAUUGGCAAAAUAUGCUCUGAUGAGAAGUGAAAUGGCUUUGGUGAGUUUUUAAAGAACUUUUAACACAUUUUCCUAAUCAUUUGAUUUUUUCCAGAAAAAUGUUUAUAACGAGGAAUUUGUGACACCAGCAAAAAUGAGAUAUUUGCGAGAAGAUUUCGAGGCCGCGCAAGAAAAUUUGAGAUCUCUUCAAAUGUCGCCUGUUUAA